UUUGCAGCUUCGUGGUGCACAAGCGGUGCCAUGAGUUCGUCACCUUCAAAUGUCCCGGCAAGGACAAGGGCGCAGACUCCGACGACACCCGUACAAAGCAUAAGUUCAAGACUCAGACCUAUGGCUCGCCCACCUUCUGCGACCACUGCGGCUCCCUGCUCUACGGCAUCAUCCACCAGGGCAUGCGAUGCGAGGCAUGCAACAUGAACGUGCACCGGCGGUGUACGGAGAGCGUGCCGAACCUGUGCGGAUGCGACCACACCGAGCGACGCGGGAGGCUGGAGCUCAAGAUCACGUGCGUCGGCAACAAACUCACGGCUGAGAUCAUGCAGGCCAAGAACCUCAUCCCCAUGGACCCGAACGGCCUCUCCGAUCCCUACGUCAAGCUGAAACUCAUUCCCGGCGCCGAUAACAUGAAGAUGAAGACGAAGACGAUCAAGGCCACCCUCAACCCCACCUGGAACGAGACGCUCCCUGUCCUCUCUCCCCUGCCACAGAAAACGUCCAUCACGAAGAAGGUGACGAGCGGAACCACCGACAACCACAUUCCUCACAACAUGAACAAGCGUGACAUCAUCCGCGCCACCGACUUCAACUUCCUCAUGGUCCUCGGCAAGGGAUCCUUCGGCAAGGUUCUUCUGGCGGAAAGGAAGGGCACGGACGAGCUGUACGCCAUCAAGAUCCUGAAGAAGGACAUCAUCAUCCAGGACGACGACGUGGAGUGCACCAUGAUCGAGAAGAGGGUCCUGGCCCUCGCUAGCAAGCCGCCGUUCCUCGUUCAGCUGCACUCGUGCUUCCAGACCAUGGACCGGUUAUACUUUGUAAUGGAAUACGUGAAUGGAGGUGACCUGAUGUUCCAGAUCCAGCAGUGUGGCAAGUUUAAGGAACCAGUAGCGGUAUUCUAUGCAGCGGAGAUUGCCAUUGGCUUGUUCUAUCUACACUCACGCAGCAUCGUCUACCGCGACCUCAAGCUUGACAAUGUCUUGCUGGAUCAGGACGGACACAUCAAGAUCGCCGACUUCGGUAUGUGCAAAGAGGGCAUUGGAGGUGACAAAACGACCAAGACCUUCUGUGGAACCCCAGACUACAUUGCUCCCGAGAUCAUCCUGUACCAACCAUACGGGAAGAGUGUAGACUGGUGGGCUUACGGAGUGCUGUUGUACGAGAUGCUUGUGGGACAGCCGCCCUUCGAUGGAGAGGACGAGGAAGAGCUUUUUGCCGCGAUUACCGACCAUAAUGUCUCUUAUCCCAAGGCUCUUUCUAAGGAGGCGAAGGAAUGUUGCAAGGGUUUCCUGACGAAGCAGCCGCAGAAGCGACUAGGCUGCGGUCCUAAGGGAGAGGAAGACGUUCGAACACACCCAUUCUUCAGGAGAAUCGACUGGGUGAAGCUGGAGAACCGAGAGGUGCAGCCGCCCUUCAAACCCAAGAUUCGCCAUCGAAAGGACGUUAGCAAUUUCGACAAGCAGUUCACCUCAGAGCGCACAGAACUUACGCCUACGGACAAGCUCUUCAUGAUGAAUCUGGAUCAGACGGAAUUCUCUGGCUUCUCCUACCUUAACCCCGAGUACAUUCAACAUGUAUAAGAAGAUGUAUUUACAUGUUACAUAUGUACCAGUUUGUCUGCACUUGUUAUAUGACAAGCAACUUUCAUUUGUUAUAAUCUGUUUUGUUACGAUGAAUAUUAUUUGUUUGAUGAUGUAACCUGAAUACUAUGGACAAUUCCAAAGUUAAUAAUGUAUUAGAAAUACAUAAGAUCUUAAUGUAAAAUGGUAUUCAAAUUUUUUCAUUGAAGAAAAUUUGAUUUAAAUGUUGCAUAUUGCGCCUGACAAAUGCUCGAGAGAAAUAUAUAUUUUUUUCUCAUACUUGCUAAUAUUAAGGAUUAGUGUUAAACUUGAAAGUAGUUUCUUUCAAAUGCCUUUCUCUUUAAGACUGUUUUGGUGAAAUGCUUUGUAUGAACAUUUUUAUUUUCCUGUUUAGUAAGAAACAGGAUAGGCAUUUAUUCCUCUGAGCUAAAGACAGAUCUUAUUCUACAUGAAUGAGAAAUAUAUGACCAAAGUCUAGUAUUGUAAGAAUAUUGAUGUAAUGUUUACAUUAUUCAUACUAAUACGAGUUACCAGUAUAAAAGGUAAGCAAUAAAAAAGUAUAAAAUUAUUGUCAGUAUUAAAAUGGGUUUAUAGUCACAGAAAUGGCAAGUUACAUGAAAUGUCUUAUGGAAUUCUGUAUAUAGAAUAUUAAUUUUUUCCCCGUUGUUUAUCAGAAUGAUGAAGAUACUCUAGUGAAAUAUUUAGUGAAAGAUGAAUAGAAAUUAUUUUACAUUCAAUGUAAAACUCAGUCUUCAGUUGAUUUAUCUCGCUGCUAAUACCUCUUUUCUUUUAUGAAUGUGGUCUCAAUUCAUUCAUCCUGUGUCAUCCAUCAUAUACCUGACUGAUGGUUUAAGAUUAAGUAGAGUGAUAUUACCAUGGGACAAUACUGCUGUUCAUAAGGUGGUUGAACAGUAUGCUAGCCUGUGGAGGAAUAGUACAUCCAACUUUAUAUACUGUACCUGUAUUGUUCACUCCCAUCUUAGUUCUGGAGAAUUAUAAUGGUCCCUCGUGAAUCAGUAUUUGGGUUUGUUAAUAUAAGCCAGAUUUCCUGUUUGGCUGAAAUUCAUCAGCACCUGUCCUUGAAUGCUAUUCCAAGUUGCAUUUGAGGAAGGCUGUUUUAGUAUGCCAGUUUUAGUUACCUGUUAGUGUUUCACAAUGUAUUUCUGUAUUUCUUUUUUUCUAAGGUAAUUAUACCAAGUAGGGUUCUUCAUACAGUUAGUUACACUUUUAUACCUCUGUAAAAAAAAAAAAAAAAUCUAGUAUAAUCAAUUUUUUCCCAUAUUACAUGCUUAAAGACAUUUUUAUUCACCCUCAUUUUCACACAUAAAUGCAACUCACUCUCUCAUGCAACAAUGCCAACAGAUACUCCCAAAUGCGAAAUUAAUAUCAAACAGAUCUUUAGCAGAGUUCUAAACAGUUCUUAUACCAAACGUAGUUUAUGAAAAAUGUUGGUAAGUUUAUCAGUAGACUUAAUAUAAUUCAAAUUCUUCCCUUUGAAAUGUGCAAUAAAUGCCUUCUGUGUGCUAAAAUUCUUAUUAAGAUUUAUACCAGUGUUGUGAGAUAGUAUUAAUUCCUAGUCAUUCAUCAUUGAUCUAUGAAAGCAUCUAGUCAACAGGCUUAAGAGCUGCUAGAGUAGCAUUACAUUCUAGUGCAGUAUUUUGGACAACUUGUGCAGGAAGAAGUGUAUAAAUGUUUACUAAGUCUUAUUACUGUUUGUACCCUGUGGAAAUUAGAUAAGCUAAUGCAGGUAUCAGUCAUAAGGGAAAAUAGUAAUGAUAACUCAAUAGAACUUACUUUGUAAUUAUGGAUAGCAUGUAUUUCUUUAUAUAUUCCAUCUCAGAUUAAUUUUGAAUAAUUUGGUCUCCAGUAACAUAAUGUUAGCCAAAGAGAGAAUGAAUGAAGGGCAAGUUCCAAUUUUGUAUGUUUUUUUAUCAGUCUCAUUUUUCUUUAUAUGGUACCAUGACAUUAGAAAAAAAAUCUUUUGUAGAUUUUAAAUAUUUAUAGUUCAGUAAUGGUAUAAGUGCAUUCCUUAUGUAUUGGUGGUAUUAAGAUAUUUUUGCAUGUGUAUUUGUUUGUACUGUGCACUCAGAACUCUAUGUCUUAUUUUACAGAUUCUCAACACUUAUUAAAUAUAAAGUAAACCUUGACUUCCUGCUAAUUACUAUUUUUAUCGAGUGUGAGAUGUGACAUUGAAGGUGCAAAUAAUAAGUCUAUGCUGAAAACAAGCUAGCAUUUUGAUUUUUAGUAGUUGUAUUGAAUGCAGGGGGAUCUGAUUUAGGAGUCAAUGAAAAAUAAAAUAAAACUAUACUUUAUCAGUUAUUAGAUUAGUUGACUACUUAAUAUCAGUAAUAUUGGAAUUUUUUGAUACUUUUCGUGAUUGUCUUAAAUCAUUUUACUUUCAUUAAACUUCAAGAAAUACUAUUCCUGUAUAUGAUUUAAUGUUAUAUAUAUAACUGAUUUUUUUUCAUCAUGAUCAACUUGAGCUUAUCAGCUAUCAUAUGUAUGAUACCUGUUAGUAUUAUCACUACCCUACAGCCUUUAAUAGUAUUUUAGUAUUGAAAAAGUAUCUAUGCUGCUGAUAAAUUCCAGUGUCAGUACCAAAGAAUAAGCAGGCUAAUAUAAGAUAACAUGAUGUAUAUUAUUCAUAUUUCCUUCUUCCAUUAUCACAUAUACAAAGUACCAACUUCCUUUAGGUAUUAGCAAUUCUUUAAACAGCCUUCAUAAUAGUGAAAGUGAAAAUCUGGCCUACCACUUCACGUUACAGUAUUGAUUUUAUUUUCGGUGUGAAUGAUCAGGUCUGUAGUGAUAACCUUUCAUAAUCUUAAUGUUUACGAGUCAAAAACCAUUAGCUUUUGUAGUUUUUAUCUUCCACUAUGUAUCUUUAAAGGUUAAGGUUAAGAUCAAAGGCUUAUAUGAUUUUCUAUAUAUGCCCUGCAGUGUGUUCUGCACAUCAGGAGGAAAGAUAGUUAUCCAGUAUUAAGCUAAGAGGUAUGGAUAAGAUGAAGAAAUUGUUCCCAAAUUAUCUCCAUACGCACUGUGGCUAGAAUGAUACCAUACCUGGGAUGUGAACAUUUUUGCAUAGAUAAAUGAGGCACUCCUUGUUUUUUAAGAUGCAUAUGAUAAAAAUAAUAAUGUUUUCUAUUCUUUUCAAGAACGUUCACCUAUUCCAAGUCAUAGCAACUGAAGUCUUUAUAUAUUUUCUUUGAAAAAGUUGCUCCUUUUAUUUUCAUAUUCAGACAUGUCAUAAUAUAAUUGCAUAGUAGGUAUUCAUUCCACAGUGAAAUAUUUGUACAAUACUUGUGAGUGUAUAAGUACUUUGUUUCUUCAAUUUUUAUUUUUCACAUAUAUAUUCUUUAAAGUAAAAGCUUAAAGUUGCUGCACAUACUAAGCUGCUUUUUUCAUGCCUCUUUAAUAAGCCUCUUUUAGUUUGGUGUUCAUCUCGUUGUUUUAUACCAUCAAUCAAAUGAUGAAAUUAUUGUAAGCAAAAUUUGCUGAAUUGUUAACAGGAAUGUGUAUCUUGAGCAGUGUGGGGAAACUGUUUGUGGUUUUGUUAACCUUUGUGGUAGAAUUCUAUGAAGUUUUCACAUUCACAUUUGUGAUAUAUUUAGAAAAUCAUCAGAAAUGUGAUAUCAUUCCAUGUCCACAUCCACAAAUUAUUACAUUCUGUGUCCCUACACUGCCAAUCAUAUACAAAACCCUAAAUAUGUAUCAGUGCUGUAUACCUAUCAAGAGUGGCAUUGUGUCUAUUUAUAUAAGUAUUUUACUUAUUUUAAAAGAGGGAGAAGCGUAAUUACACAAUCUAAUGUUGUAGGUUGUGUGGGAUUUAGAAGUGCAUCUCCUUGGUAGCAUUGCCUGAGAGGGUUGUUCAUUAGGAGUUUGAAGCAUUUGAGAAUUAUUGUCAAGAGAUUAUUGGCAGAAAUAUAAACAGCUGUUGGCUAAAGAAGAUCAAAUAUAAAGUCAUAUUGCAUAUUGGCUCCCAAUAAGUCUAAGUUCAAGACAGAGUUUGGCAGUGAGGCUGAAUUUUUAGGAUUGUAAACUGUAUUGAAUGAAAUUGACAAGGAAUGUUAUGCUAUGUAGGGAGAUUUUCACAUGUUUCCCACACACAUUUUAUAGUUCCCUUUGUGUGUACAGUUUUAUCAACUUGACACCAGAAAUAGUUGAAUUGCUGUUUGUUUAACAUGUGCCUCAUUUCAAAUGUUCUUUUAGAAUCUAAUGUUAGCAGCUGUUUAUGAUACAUGAAAAAUGAAAAAAAAUCCUUAUUUCUUGGCUAUGAUAUAAAUUUCCUUUACUUUAAAACCUUAUAGAGCAUAUGGAAAUUUUAGCAUAUGGUUUCUAGUUAUGUCAUGUCCACAGGGUUACCAGUUGACUGUCUGGUCAUCUGGUGUCAUGUUGCUUUUCUAUUAUUGUAGGGCAUAGUUCCGUCUUGCUUGCAACAACAGAGGAAGUCUUCUAUUCUUGGGCACAUUGCUCCCAUAAAAAUUCUAGGUCCAUUUGUGACAUCACUAGAUUAUGAUUUAUGGGCUUUGACUGAAUAAAUAUUUUUGUAAGGAUAUUUUUAUGUGAACGCAGAGGCUAUGAGUUACCUUACAGAAUUAACUUUUAACAAAAAAAAAGAAAAAAAAAGAAGCCUUGCACGGAUAGGGAUAUGUGAAUAAGCAUUUUACAAAGAAUGAAAAACUGCCAGAUCUGCUGCAUGUAGCAUAUUAUAAGUUUCACAUUAGAUUUGCUUUGAAAGAUCUUCCUUUAUCUUUUGAUUGGAGACUAUUUAUAAGGACUAUAUGAACGAUCUCUAUUCUUGCAGCUUGAAUGCUAGAAGUUAUGGUGGCUUAUUCAGAACAUUCCAUAACAUUAGCAUGAAAUCAAAAGACGAUUUUUGAUCUGUAGGACGAUUUUGGUAGAUUUUAAAAAUUAUUUAGAAUUAAGUGCAGAUAUUGUUGGCAGAAUUUAUUUGAAAAUUUACUUUCAGUUAAAUGGACAAAUUGCAUUAUCUAAAUAAUUUGUUAGUUUAGUUGACAGAAUAUUUAUGUAUCCUAAAAUCUUUUAAAAAUUGUUUUUAAUGCUUCCAUUAAUUAAAUACAUGGAACAAGUGAUACAGGCUUGCUAUACUGCGGGCUACAACCUACUUUGUUAUUCUCUGUGCUACUGUUGAAGCUAUUAUUUGGGUCCAAAGACAGAUGGUAUAUGUAGGUGUAGCAGAUGGAUGUCUGUACUUAUCAUGAUAAUUUUACCGUUUCAUGUACCUGAGUGUUACAUGAAGCAUUAAUGGGAGGGAUUUUCAGGGAAAAUAUAUGGAUAAAGAAGACUGAAGUUAGUGCAUGAAGCAACCUUUCAUGUAUUAAUAUUUAUGUUUCCUUUGAGAAUAUCUUGUUAUCAUGGAUCAAACAUGAGUUGCUUUAGAGAUUUUAGCUAUUCUUGUUUCUAAGACCAUGAUAAAAAGAGCUUGAGAAUCAUUGUACAGAGAGUUAACUCAAAACAUUGGCUAAAACUCUGGAGUAUUAAAAUCAGUGCAGUAAAAGUAUCUCGGAGGUGUCUUCUUGUUUUGGAUCUGUAAACAAAUGAAAUCUGUGGAGACAUUAAUCUCUUGUUAAGUUAAUCAUAUUUAGCAAUAAUGAAAGAUAACUAGGAAUAUUCAUAUAUAUUUUCAGUGUUCAUAUAUGCAUUUUUUCCCCUUAUUGUUUCAAAUGUAUUCUUUUACAUAAAGCCUGGUUGACUAAUUAAAUAUUACUUGAAGUUAGUAUUAACCAUUAUUUGUACAAAAGUAACUUUUGUCUCACAAGCUUUCAAGAUCUUUCAAGGAUAUAACUACUUAAAAAGGCAUGGAGGUAAAAGAUAUUUCUAAGGAGUGCUCUUGUACAUAAUUCUCAGUGUCUCGCUUGUGGCCAAAGUUAUCAGUAUUAAUCGUAAGAUCUUAAAAACAUACCAUUUUAGGUUAUUCAGAACUGGAGUAAAAUAUUACUACUGAACCAGUACAGUCAGGCAGAGUUUGGGAGUGGCAAAACUUAAGCUACUUUGUAUUUCCCGCAUCGUGACUCCUGUUUGUAACUUGGCCAAGAUUGUGAAAAAUGAAGACAUUUCUUGUGUACAUAUAUUUUUUUUGUGUUUGAUUAUAUGGUUUUAAUGCAGACAUGUUAAGUAAGAAAUACUAAUGGCAACUGUAGUUUUUUUCUGUUGCCAAUUGUUCUCUUUACAGUGCAAUUGCAUGAAGCUCAUCAUAUAUUGUCUUUUCUUCCAGUCUGAGUGUCUGAUACCCUAAUGUGUUAUCUUAAGUCUUAAUAGUGUUGUAGCUAAUGAUAGAUGUAAAAAAGAAAUUCUAUCAUUAGCUCCCAACUAGUGAACAUGAAAUCUUAUUACUGAUUUAUCUGUCUGUAAUAUAAUUUUUGUGACAAUUCUACAUAAAGUACACAUUACUUGAAUAAUCAUUGCUAUCAACUUAAAUAGUGAUAAAAUUAAUUCCUUUUCUGUGUAGGACUCCAUAAUAAUAAUAAAUACAUCAAUGUUGAUGUUAAAUAUGAUUCUUGUGUGCUAUUCCAUUCAAGCCUAUUUCUAAUGUUAGAUCAGAAAACUAGGUUUUCUUAUAUAUUAGUAAGGGUCUCUAACCUAAGGAAUUUUUUGCCAUGACCUCAUCCUUCUGCUCUGUUCCUCUACAGUAACUGGCCCAUGUUGCCCACUGUUACCAGUGUGUACUGUGUAUAUAUGCAUCCAUUAUUAGGUCAUUUGUUGUCUUGUUGAGCCUGCCAAAUAUAUCAUGUAGACAUG